UGGACCGGUUUGCGUGAUGGCUCAGGCUCAGGGGGUCCAGUAGACAUGUUUUUCGGGAUGCACACGCACGGAUGAGAGGUCGCCAAAAGUUCAUCGUCUUUACGGACUGUUCAGGUGGGGGCAAAGACGACUGUUGGAGAGGGUGAACGAAGAAAGUAUGGCAAAGGUGCAAUUCUCUGAAAAGCCGCCAGAUGGAGGAUGGGGUUGGAUGGUCGUGGUCGGCACCUUCUUCAUCCAUGUUGUGGUGGUCGGUUCGGCCAAGUCUUUCGGAGUGUUCUACGCAGAGUUCCGGGAGAUUUUCCAAGAGAGUGCCGGGAUAACGUCAUUCAUCGGCUCUAUCCUGGGGGCUGUUCUGUUGAUGUGCUCUCCCAUCGCUGGUGCCCUGAGCAACCUGACCAGCUGCCGUACUGUGAUCAUCGCAGGGGGCGUCAUUUCCGCUGUCGGGCUCGGCGCCAGCUUCUUCGCACAGACGAUGAUACACCUGUUCUUCAGUGUAGGAAUUCUGACAGGGUUCGGUCUAUGCCUGGUGUACUCUCCAAGCCUGGCUAUGAUUGGACGCUACUUCGACAAGCGGCACGCUACAGCCAAUGGGAUCGCAGUUUGUGGAUCUGGAGUCGGCAUCUUCGCUCUCCCUCCGCUCUUCCAGUUCCUCAUUGAUGAGUUUGGGUGGAGAGGAGCUCUGCUAAUCGUCGGUGGUUUAUUGUUGAAUAGCUGUGUUUGUGGUGCCCUGAUGAAACCCAUACACCUGGAGGAAGAUCGUAGCCAAGAACAAGUCGACAGCGGAUCACAGGGUAAUACCAAUCUAAAAAUGACUACAACCCUCGUUUCUAUUGGUCAGAAGGUCAUAGAAACCUUUGACUUCACGUUAUUGAAGCAGCGUCCCUUCCUUGUUUACAGCGUGUCGUCAUUUGGUACCUCGCUGGGCAACUCCAUGAUUUUUGUGCACCUUGUAGCGCAUGCUCAAGAUAUCGGAGUAGAGAAAACACAGGCAGCGUUUCUACUGUCUAUCAUGGGGAUAUCAGAGGCCGUUUCCAGACUAAUAAACGGUUGGCUGUCGGACAGAAGAAAGAUCAGCAAGGUUUACUAUUACAUGAUAGGCAUUGCAGGACUGGGCAUAUCCAACAUCGCCAUACCGUUCGGGAGAACGUACACGGGGCUCGUGGUGUGCAUGGUGGUGUACGGACUGUUCUCGGGUAUCUUCUACCCACUCAUCGCCGUUCUGGUGCGGAAAUACAGCGGAGUGUCCCGCAUAUCCGGCGGGCUUGGGUGGGCCUUUGUCUUCCAGGGCGCCGCCUUCCUGCUGGGACCACCCGUUGCAGGCUGGCUGUAUGAUGCAACUGGUAACUACGACAUGUCUUUCUUCGCGGCUGCCAUCUUUAUUUUCGUGUCAGUGCUCGUGCUUCUCCUCAACCCGUGUUCAACAACCAGCAGGACACUCGGCCCUGGUACCGGUGGACUCCCGGACCGGCCAGACGGGAUAGUGGUUCUUAGUCAUGUGAAGCGGGAUGUCAGUAGUGAGGACGGAAUAGUGGUUCUUAGUCAUGUGAAGCGAGAUGUCAGUAGUGAGGACGGACAAAGUAACCCUGGUUUUUGCGGGUGACCAGUAGAACCUUCUCUGUGUGUAUGA